UUAGAUUUAUAAGCGAAAACAGAAAUAAUGUCUUGAACAUUUUGUUAUCCAAGUUGAACUUCACAAACAUUCUGUUCAUUAAUCAAAAGUUUGGCGCAGCGUCCCAUCGUCGCGCCGCCAUCUCUACUUUAUAUAUCUAACUAUAGCAUCAAUAAAAUAUGAAUAGGUACGCUCGUUAGAAGUGUGGGUCUCGAUUAAUACUCCUACGUACGAUGGCAACAUCGGCCUUUGAAGGUCAAUAUUUGACAAAUGGCCGUGCAAGACAAUCUGUCACUUUCUUUUCGAAGGAAUAAACAUUGCGAGCCGUUUAUAUUUUUAUAUUAAACAAUGGACGAAAUAUGUAGAUUAUGUUGCUCUACAAAAUUCGUAAACAAUCAUUUAUUUGACGAAGAGAACGCUUUGUACUUAAAAAUGUCUCUUUUCUUGCCGAUAAAGGUGGUGCGGAGCGACCGGUUGCCGCAGCGCGUGUGCGACCGCUGCAGCUGCAGGGUCAACGACCUGUACCAGUUCUGCAAUGAAACCAUCGAGGUGCAGCAUAGGCUACGCGCCAUCUUGCAAUCUUCUGGUCUACCAGUGGACGACAUCGACCUGACGCUCGUCAAGGACAGCUCUCGCUGCGAGGCAUCCACGCAGACCGAGCCCCUCACCCCGCCGCCGCGAACACCCCCCAACCCCCCUGUCAAACAGGAGCCAGAGCUGGAAACGCAAGUGAAGGUGGAGGCAGAUGAGCACGUGUAUGAGGACGGCGCGUGCGUGCCCUCGGACAACAGCGACGACCUGUCGCUGGUCAGCCUGAAGAAGAAGAAGAGAGUCAAGCAGGAGCUCCAGGGCGCCGAAAAACGGGGGCGGAAACGGAAGAAACAACUGAAGGAGUGGAACCUGUUGAUGGGCCAGCUGCCGCCCGAGUUGUCCCUCGAGCCGGUGGUGGUGAAACAGGAGCCGCAGGAUAUAGCGGGGGAUCUUCUGGUCAAGCGUGAGCCGGACGACGACAAGUUCGACUGCUGCAUCUGCUUCGCGCAGUGCUGCAGUCGCGGGGAGAUGCUGCAACAUUACAGGCAGCACGGCGCGGCGGCGGGGCGGGAGGCGGCGCCGGCGGCUCCGCCCGCGCCCGGCAGCAGGCCGCUGCGCUGCCCGAGGUGCUCCAAGAUAAUGGAGGCGGACGCGUGGGCGGCGCACUGGCUGCGACACUGGGAGAGAGACCGCCGACCGUACCGCUGUGCGCGCUGUGAGAAGACCUUCCGCGACCACCACCAGAUACUCAAACAUGGCCUGACGCACAAGGGCGAGGCGGAGGGCGAGACGCCGGGCAAGCGCUUCGUGUGCGACCUGUGCCCCGAAGGCUUCGUCUAUAUGAGGUACCUGCUGGCGCACCGCACGCGCGCGCAUCCGGAGGCGGCGGCGCGCGCGCUGGCGCUGCGCUGCGCCACCUGCGCAAGAGAGUUCGCGCACCUCAACUCGCUGCGGAGACACCUCCGGGCCCACAGCGGGGAGAGGAACUUCCUGUGCUCGGUGUGCGGGAAGGCGCUCUCCUCGAGGGAGCAUCUCAAGUUCCAUCUACGGAUACACGCCGGUUAUAAGCCGAAUGUGUGCGGGACCUGUGGAAAGGGAUUCGUGAAGAAAUGCAACUUGACACUACACGAGCGCGUGCACUCCGGGGAGAAGCCCCACGUGUGCAGCCACUGCGGGAAGGCGUUCAGCCAGCGCUCCACACUGGUCAUACACGAGCGGUACCACAGCGGCGCGCGGCCCUACGUGUGCGCGCUGUGCGGGCGCGGCUUCGUGGCCAAGGGGCUGCUCUCCAUGCAUCUCAAGACCACCUGCAUCUAGCACACACACUACACUACACGCCACACGCCGCACGCCACACGCCACACGCCACACGCCACACGCCACGCCAUCUGACGGCGAUUUGUUCAAGAUAACCAGCUGACUGACUGAACAAAACUAGACACCAAAGAUACAUUGAUUAACAUGUGUAAAAGUGGUAAAAUCUAACACAAUUUCGUGCUUCGAAUUUGACAGGUAAACUAGAUGGCGCUGUACAGCUCCAUACAUUUUGUGGUAGGUAACUCUGAUUGUCAAAAGUUUGGCAAUUCAGUGUGACCGCAAAACAUAUGGCGCAGUACAGCGCCAUCUAUGGAUGCUAAACUAAGGGGACGUUUUUUUCUUACAGUUUACCACUCUAUUAAAAUCAAUUCUCUUUGCUUGACACAUUGUACAGUUAAGUGUAAAAAUAUGGACGUAGACAACUUACUCAAAAAUAGGGAUGUAACGAUACCGAUAUAUCGGCCGAUACAAUCGGCAGGCCGAUAUAUCGGCAUCGCCGAUUUAAAUUCAGCCGGUAUUACAGUUUGAAAAGCGCGCGAAACAAAUGACGUUGCUAAUAAUUUGAAUAAACUUUGUUAUAAAAAAUAUAACAAAACAAAAAUAUGUCCCAUGUAAUAUUUAAAACUUACGCAUUUUGAACACAUAUUAACUCACGUUUAUAGACAGGUCUAUCGCGAAUUUAUUUUAUUACCUUCCUUUACCGACGUUUCGACACAGGUUUCACUGGUCGUGGUCGCGGCUAACUGAUCUAUAAAUGACCGUCUAUAAAUGUGAAUAUGUCCCAUAGUUCUUAAUUCACUGACUAAGAGCAUUUUGAGCAUGAUUUGUGCACCCAUAUUUUUACACUUGACUGUAGUAGAGUCAGCAAUCUGACCGUCGUUCUAUUAUCUGAGAUAUAACUAUAUAAGAUAUAAAACAGCUAUUUCUCCUCCGCUCCUCUAUUUCAUGUAUCCGAUAAGGUGGGUAAACAAUGUAAAUAUUCAGACGCAUCUGGCAAGCUUCAGUUGGUUAAGAGUGAUUGGACCGGUGUUCCAAAAAUGUGAACUUGUCCUUUAAUUAAAUAAUAUAAUUGAUUUUAGGCGUGGGUCUCCCAUGUGGCAGUUAUAUCUCAAUUUUUUAUGUGUCGUUUUCAAGCAAAAUGUACCACAUUUGUCGCUUGCUAUAAGGACGCUCUGACAGGUUUUUCGUAUAAAGAUACAAGCAAGUUACGUCCUUAUGGUAAGCGACAAAGUCGUACCUUUUGCUUGAAAACGUCACAUAUUUUCGUGGUUAAUUUGGUAUGAUGGUUCCAAAGCCGUGUGUGGCUAUUAUAAUAUUUAAUAUUAACAGUGAUGUAGUGUGUAAGUGUGUCAAUGCAUAUCAAUCUUAUAUUCAUUUAACUGCACGCUACAAAUAAUAUAGAGUUAAUAAACCCUUUUUACACGGAAUGAAAGUUUAAUGAAAAUUUUAAUAUUUUCGAUAUGUGUUGACACAAUCCUGACAAUGUUC